AGAGACUGUCGGUUGACUACGGGAAAAAGUCAAAACUGGAAUUCGCAGUGUACCCAGCCCCCAGAUUGCGACGGCGGUGGUUGAGCCGUACAACUCGAUCCUGACGACCCACACGACCUUGGAGCACUCGGACUGUGCCUUCAUGGUGGACAACGAGGCCAUCUACGACAUUUGUCGACGCAACUUGGACAUUGAACGACCGACUUACACCAAUUUGAACAGGCUGGUGGCUCAGGUGGUGAGUUCGAUCACUGCCUCCCUCCGAUUCGACGGGGCACUCAACGUGGACUUGACUGAGUUCCAAACCAACUUGGUCCCCUAUCCCCGAAUACACUUUCCGUUGGCCACCUAUGCCCCCAUUGUGUCGGCUGAGAAGGCCUACCACGAGCAACUGUCCGUGGCCGAGAUAACCAACGCCUGUUUCGAGCCAGCCAGUCAGAUGGUCAAGUGUGAUCCCCGACAUGGAAAAUACAUGGCCUGCUGCAUGCUCUACCGGGGGGACGUAGUUCCCAAGGACGUCAAUGCUGCCAUUGCCACCAUCAAGACCAAGAGGACCAUCCAGUUUGUUGACUGGUGUCCCACCGGCUUCAAAGUCGGCAUUAACUACCAACCACCCACUGUCGUUCCCGGAGGAGACUUGGCCAAAGUUCAGAGGGCUGUGUGCAUGUUGAGCAACACUACUGCCAUUGCUGAGGCGUGGGGCAGACUUGAUCACAAAUUUGAUUUGAUGUACGCCAAGAGAGCAUUCGUUCAUUGGUACGUCGGUGAAGGAAUGGAGGAGGGCGAGUUUAGUGAGGCGAGAGAGGACUUGGCUGCAUUGGAGAAGGAUUAUGAGGAAGUCGGUGUCGAUUCCGUCGACAACGAGGGAGAAGAUGAGGGCGAGGAAUAUUAAUUAAUCUUUAACUGGUCUCUUUCCUUUUUCUUCCUAAUGAUCU